ACACACACACACACACACACACACACACACACACACACACCGUGUUUCCUGGACUCCAUGGCGACUCUCGGCCUUGCAGCCUAYGGCUACGGCAUUCGAUAUGAAUACGGCAUCUUUAAUCAGAAGAUCAGAGAUGGCUGGCAGGUGGAGGAGGCCGAUGAUUGGCUGAGGCACGGAAAUCCCUGGGAGAAGGCUCGGCCCGAGUACAUGCUGCCCGUUCACUUCUAUGGACGCGUGGAGGAGACCAGAGACGGGCCUCGAUGGGUGGACACUCAGGUUGUCCUGGCGAUGCCGUAUGACACGCCCAUCCCUGGCUACAUGAACAACACGGUGAACACCAUGAGGCUGUGGUCGGCCCGCGCCCCGAAUGACUUCAACCUAAAGGACUUUAAUACUGGAGAUUACAUACAGGCCGUUCUGGACAGAAACCUGGCGGAGAACAUCUCCCGUGUUCUCUACCCGAAUGACAAUUUCUUCGAAGGAAAAGAGCUUCGUUUGAAGCAGGAGUAUUUUGUCGUAGCAGCAACACUCCAAGACAUCAUUCGCCGCUUUAAGACCACGAAGAAGGGCAGCCCCGGACGCAUCUCCUUCGAGGGAUUCCCAGACAAAGUCGCCAUCCAACUGAAUGACACCCAUCCUGCCAUGGCCAUCCCUGAGCUGAUGAGGAUCUUUGUGGACAUUGAGAAACUUGACUGGGAUACAAAAAUUGCUGCUCUUUUCCCAAAAGACGURGACAGACUGAGGAGGAUGUCUCUGAUCGAAGAGGACGGGUGUAAGAGGGUCAACAUGGCCCACCUCUGUAUCGUGGGUUCUCACGCUGUCAACGGAGUGGCUGAGAUCCACUCCAACAUCAUCAAGACUGAAAUAUUUCGGGACUUUAGUGAUUUGGAGCCGGACAAGUUCCAGAACAAAACGAACGGCAUCACUCCGCGCCGCUGGUUACUGCUCUGCAACCCGGGCCUGGCCGAACUGAUAGCUGAGGUGAUCGGGGAGGAUUAUGUGAAGGACUUGAGUCAGCUGAGGAAGCUGAAUGACUUUGUUGACAACGCAGCCUUCAUUCGAGACGUGUCGAAGGUCAAACAGGACAACAAGGUGAAGUUUGCCCAGUACCUGGAGAAGGAGUACAGGGUGAAAAUCAACAUCUCCUCCAUGUUUGACGUCCACGUUAAGAGAAUCCACGAGUACAAGCGCCAGCUCCUCAACUGCCUGAACAUUAUCUCCAUGUACAACCGGAUCAGGAAGAACCCGACUGCACCUUUUGUACCUCGCACAGUGAUCAUUGGUGGAAAGGCUGCUCCAGGGUAUCACAUGGCUAAACUCAUCAUCAAGCUCAUUACUUCAGUGGCUGAUGUGGUGAAUAAUGACCCUGUGGUGGGAAACAAACUCAAAGUCAUUUUCCUGGAAAACUACAGGGUUUCCCUGGCAGAGAAAGAACCAAGUGGAGUGGACCAAGAUGGUGAUCAGGAACAUUGCUGCCACAGGGAAGUUCUCCAGCGACAGAACCAUUGCCGAAUACGCCACCGAGGUCUGGGGCGUCGAGCCGACCGACCUGAAGAUUCCUCCGCCCAACGAGCCCAGAGAGGCCAUCGAGGAAACGGUCAAGGCUCUGAAGAAAAUGUGAAAAAAAACUGUAAACUUUACGUUUACACGUCAUGUGUGUAACUUUAACAUGUUACAGAUCCUGUCUGAGGUGCUUUCAUGUUACUGUACGUCUCCAACACAUUCAGAGUUUUAACUUCCUAUCUGAUGUUCCCAGGCUUCAGGAGGGAUUAGACUGAAACAGCUGUUUUCUAAUAUUUGUUGUUUUUUUUUUAGGUCUUUCCUGUGACUUUAUGGUUCUACUGAGACACAAACUAGUCUUUUUCUUAAACGUGUUAAACUGGAUUAAAAAUGGAAAGUAACUCGAUGCUUAUAGUUUUCACUGAGAAUAAAAAAACACUUUAAAAUGA